GGCGUAAUGGCAAGCCAACCUCUUGUGAUGCCUCCCGAGGAGAUCACCAUAUAGCGAGCAGCUGAUCGCGAGGCACAGCUGCAGCAGGCUUUGGGAGAGAUUAAGGCUGAGAAAGAGAGAAUGAUUAAGAGAAGAGCCAGGAUGCAACGGAGGCAAGAGGACGUUAGUGAGUUAGAGGAGAUGGACCCAACAGAGAUGGAUGAUGAUGUGAGAACCAUACGGUCGGUCCUGUUAAGUGUGGUAGAGAUGCAGGAUCACCAGACGGAGAUCUUACAGGACAUCCAACAGAGUCUGGUUGUGUUAGUCGGGCGAAUGCAGGCGACACAAUCACCGUCCGGGCCAAGUGCUUGGCCCGUUGUACAUCCUCCUCCUUUUGUUCCACCGGUGACUGGGGUAUCCCCAUAUACAGCUCCAGCAUCGGUCCAGACCGUUUCCCUGGGUAUGCCAUUAUUAGGAGGGCUCUCACACAAGUUCAAGAUUAACGAGGAGAAGUGCGAGUUUGGCCGCACCCGUGUCUUGUACUUCGGUCAUGAGAUUUCCGCGGAGGGAUUAAAGCCCGAUGACGUGAAGGUGGUCAGCAUUCGUGAUUGGCCGCGUCCUCAGUCUGUGACUGAGAUGAGAUCUUUCUUAGGGAUGACUGGCUAUUAUCGCAACUUCGUGAAGAACUAUAGCAUAGUUGCCGCCCCUUUGACUGAUCUGACGCGCCUUGACACCCCAUGGGAAUGGACUGACAGAUGUGAGGCUGCUUUCAGACAUCUGAAGCACGUGUUCACGCAUCAUGAGGUCUUGAAACUUCCUGAUCCUGACAAGCCAUUUGUAGUGACAACGGAUGCUAGCCAAUAUGGCAUAGGCGCCGUUCUUGCACAACAGGAGGGGAAAAAGUUGAGGCCAGUUGAGUACAUGUCCAAGAAAAUGUCKUCUCAGAAGUUGGCUAAGUCCACCUAUGAGAAGGAACUCUAUGCGAUAUACAAGGCGCUCACCCAUUGGAGACACUAUCUCCUUGGGAGGUUCUUCURCGUCAGGACUGAUCAUCMKACCCUGAAGURGAUGAGAACCCAACCUGURCUCUCCGACGCUCUGAAGCGUUGGAUUGAAGUCAUAGAGCAGUAUGACUUCGAGCCCCAGUACAUCAAGGGCGAGUACAACAAGGUUGCUGAUGCGCUGUCGCGUAGACCUGAUUUCUCAGGUGCGCUGAUUAUUGAGUUCAAUCUUGCGGACAAUGUUACUCAGUCUUUGGUGGAAGCCUAUCGCGAGGACCAGUUCAUGUCUAAGAUCAUUCUCAGACUUGAGGCAAAGGACAAGAAGACUGCUGCGAGUUUGAGUUGAGNGGCGUGGGUAAAGGAGGAGGAAGGAGGGUUGAUGGUGGCCGACUAUGGUGGACGGGUGUGGGUGAUGGAGAAAGAGGAAGGGUUGGAGGUGGUCGCCUAUGGUGGACGGGUGUGGGUGAUGGAGGAAGAGGAAGGGUUGGAGGUGGUCCGCUAUGGUGGACGGGCGUGGGUGAAGGAGGAGGAAGAAGGGUUGGAGGUGGUUGGCUAUGGUGGACGGGUGUGGGUGAAGGAGGAGGAAGAAGGGUUGGAGGUGGUUGGCUAUGGUGGACGGGCGUGGGUGAUGGAGGAGGAAGAAGGCGUGCGAUUGGGGGCCAUAAUCCCCAAGGAAGCGGAAUGGGCGGAGACAGGCAGAAAGAUGGAUUGGAAGUCCGUCGCAUGUGGAUGCUUAGACGUAGUAGUAAAAGGAAAAACGUGCACGACAAUGGUGGAUACUGGGGCGGAAAUGAAUCUCAUAAAAGAGGAGCAUGCUUUGCGCUUGGGGAUGGAGAUUGAUCGCUCCGAUAAUGGAGUUCUAAUGGGAGCGAAUAGUCGGUCUGUGUUCAUAGGGACUGCAUCGAGAGUGGUUUUGGAGAUUGGCAAGGUUAAAGUGAGAAGUUGUUUCUUUGUGAUGCCCGAUCUCGAUCAUCCCAUCCUAUUGGGCCGAUCCUUUUUUAGCCGAACGGAGACCCUCAUACUGAAUAAGCAUGAUGGGACGAUGUUCCUCAUCUUAUGUGACCCAGUGUGUGGCAAUUACGAGGUUAUCACAUGCAGGAAUACGGGGUCGCGAAGUAUAAGGAAUAGGCCCAAUCCUGGCUCUUUCACGAUUGAGGAAUCGGAAGAAGAAAGGAAGAGGCUAGGGGGUGGUGAGUUUGAAGAAGAAAUGAAUCCGGAGGCACCGACUCUUAGCCUGGCCAGUAUAGGCGAUGCUAUGGACAUAGUGUCAACCAAUGGGAUGGCGGACCUGGAGGCCGUAGAGGCCUUGAGAGAGAAGGUGAUGGAGCAAAUGGGAGAAGGAGAGGUGGUGUUGGUAUUUCGGACGCCUCGAAAGAUAGGAGGAUCGGCAGGAUCCCAACCCCAGAGUGCAACUCGGCCUUUUUUAGGGGAACAAGAAGUUUAUUACGAGCGGGAACGAGAGUUAAUACGCCAGAUGCGGGAAAAUGCGGAGAAUGGACCAUGCCGUAUCAAUCAAGAAACGGAAGAGACGCUUAUAAUAGGGGAACCAGAUUUCCUUAUAGUGCAAGAGAGACAGUUGAUGGUGGAGACCAUGAGAGGAAGGCAUACUGCCUAUGCCUUCAAUGAUGAUGAACGUGGCCGCCUGGAUGUUGACAAGAUCCCGAUGAUUCAGAUACAUACCGUGCCACAUGAACCAUGGAAUCUGCGAGGUGCGCGAUAUCCGAACCCGACUGAUGAAGAAAAGGUGGUAAAUUAUCUUGACGGGAAGAUCCGCACUCAUGUCUCAGACUACUCGAGUGGACCAUAUGCAUCCCCUUGGUUUUGCUUUGUCAAACCAAAUGGGACACUGAGAUGGGUACAGGAUUUGCAGCGCUUGAAUGCUGUAACAGUGAGAGAUGCAGGGGGUCUACCUAACGCUAAUGCGUUUUUAGAGGCAUGCGCAGGGAGAUCCAUAAUAUUUCUCAUAGACUUGUAUUCUGGUUAUGACCAGUUUCCUGUUUACCCUUCGGAUAUGCCAAUGACUGCAAUGCAUACCCCUCGAGGGCUGAUUCACAUGAAUGUCGCACCGCAAGGAUGGACGAAUGUGGUUGCCAUGGUCCAGAGACACAUGGUGAGGGCAAUGCAACCAGUGAGUCCUCACAUUACACAACCUUACGUCGAUGAUCUGGUUGUGAAAGGACCAAAGGAAAAGAAUGAGCAGGAGGUGAUGCCUGGGAUUAUACGAUUUGUCUGGGAUCAUGUGCAAGAUCUAUGCAAAGUCCUAGACUUGUUAAAAGAGCAUAACCUCACUGCAAGCGGAACGAAGUCCAGGCAUUGUAUGCGUGGAGCAACAAUCUUAGGGUUUGUGUGCGACGAGCGGGGUCGUCGGCCGGACACUAAGAAGACGAACAAGAUUCUCGAGUGGCCAACACCAUUCGAGACAAUUACAGAGGUAAGGAGCUUCCUGGGAACAUGUGGAUUCUGGAGAGUGUUCAUCAAAGGGUUUGCGGCAAAGACAAAGCAAUUGCGAAAGCUUGUGCGCCAAGGUCAGGAUUGGGAACGGGGAGACAGGCAGGAGUCAGUGAUAGAGGGUCUGAAGAAAGAGUUUGAGGAAGGGGGUCUAGUGCUGGGAGUGCCAGAUCAUGCGGUUGUGAUGACCAGACCUUUUAUCGUGGAAACAGACACAGGGCCGACUGCCUUGGGAGAAGUAUUGAUCCAACGAGACCUCAAUGGAGAAGAACGACCGCUAAGGUUUGAGAGUCGAACGCUUAACACAACUGAGAGAAAUUACUCUCAGUUUAAGCGCGAGACCCUGACAGUUCUUCACUGCUCGAGGAUUUUCAGAAACUACCUCUUUGGUAGCAGGUUUAUAUUGAGGGUGGACCCAACUGCUCUAGCUGGUUCCCUUAAGAACUUCGCUCCUUCAAAUCCAACUAUUGCCAGGUGGUUGACGUACAUCUGGAUGUUUGACUUUGAAUUGGAGCGUAUUCCGGGAAACAAGAAUAGGGCAGAUGGGUUAAGUCGCGUCGACUGGGACAAGGGUAACAAGGGGAUGAUUGAAGACACUCCGCCGGUCGAUGGUUUCCUGGACAAGGAAGAGGAUGUUAAACUUCACAUUAACUCUUAGGCACACCAAAUUGGAGCCAUAGAGGAUAAGGUACAAGAAGCAGCAAGUAGGGUGGCUGACAGUCGAACCAAGGACAAGUUCAGGUGGGACCAGUUGGCACGAGUAAGGAAGGAACCUCUUAAGGUGGGAGACGCCGUGCUGCUGUACGACUCGUCCCUGGAGAAGCAGUGGUCGAGGAAAUUGGACAAGCGAUGGUUGGGGCCGUACAGGAUCGCAAGGUGUGGCGAGCAUGGAGCGUACCAAAUCGAGGAAAUGAAUGGGACGGCAUGGAAGGAUUGGGUGUCAGGCUCGAGGUUAAAAAAGUUUGUCGCCCGGGAUGAGACUCAGCAGAAAGAUGUUGCAGCCUUAACAGCCGUUGUUCGCGCUGCCGCCACACAUCAGCAACAAGAGCAACAGUUGUUGAGCACCACCACCGCACGCGUCAACAACAUCGAGGCUAAGGCCUCAGCAGCGCCAGGCUGCACGACAGACACGGCGAAACAACUCGGUGAGCGUAUCGACCAUGUCGUCAGUUUAAUUGGCGAACUCAGUGACUUCACCAGCCCGGCUACGAUCAGCAGCACGGUGGCCGCCAUCAAGACGGACAUCACCAAGCUGCAGUCGCAACCGGCAGCAGCUGCGAAGGUAUACAAGAUGCCACGUUUCAACAUCGGCAAGUUCAAAGACUACAACAAGACCGACGCUUUGACAUGGUGGCAAGCCUUCCUCACCGAAGCGUCCUGCCACAAGGUCCCAGCCGAAGACAUGAUGAAGGCAAUAUACCUCCAACUCAUUGGAGGUGCGCAGGCAUGGAUGAACCACCUCGCAAUUAACAAGAAAACCACUAUCGCCGAGCUACACAAACACCUCACGUGGGAGGAGUUUGAACAGUUGUGGUUCACUCGAUUCAUGGUCCGCAACGUUGUGAAGGCGGCCAUGAACGAGGUCUACACGUGCUCACAGGGAAGUAUGCCAACUCGAGACUGGACGAUUAAGUGGCAGAAGAUAGUGACCACGCCAAGCUUCGAUUUGAAAGCCGUGUCUGCGCAAGCGGUCAAAGACGUCGCGAAGGUGUCUGAGGUGCUCCUCAAGGGUACGACUAUAGACCAGGAUAUCGUCGAGGUAGACGAGAACGUACUGCUCCAGGAUGUCCCUGAAGAUGUCGUUCAUCGCCCUCUGGAAGGUAGCGGGUGCGUUGGUGAGGCCGAAUGGCAUCACCGUGAUCUCGUAGUGGCCGAAUCGCGAUCGGAACGCGGUCUUCGGCUGGUCGGCUGCAGCGACGCGGAUCUGAUGUCCGAGCUGGCGAAUCUCCAGCGGGCCGUGCGGAACCACAAGGCUCAGCACGAGGAUGCAGCACGGGGACUUGAUUCCCGUGUACAGGACUUGGAGCAAACUGCACCAAGACCGGAGGCUGGCGAGUCCAGCAGUGCACCCUCUGCCCGCCAACUGGAGGAACGGGUCGAUCACGUAGUGGCAAUGCUAGGUGAUAUUAGCACCUUCGCAGCGCCAGCCACCAUCAGCCAGCAGCUGGACACACUGAAGACCGAGAUCAGGCAGGGACAACAGCCGUCUGACCCCGAUUGCAGCACCAGCACGGCGAAGCAUUACAAGAUGCCGACGUUCCGGAUCGAGAAGUUUGAUGAUUACACUCAUCAAGACCCAGUCCUCUGGUGGCAAGGAUUCACAAUGGAGUUGGGGAUUCAUGAGGUCUUCGACGUAUACAAGAAGGUCUCCUGGGAGGAUCUGACAAAAGAAUGGAAGAAGCGGUUCAUUGUGGACGACGCCCCGACGCUCGUCAUCAACCUCAUCUUCACGAUGGCUCAAGGAAACACAGCGACACCUGAUUGGCUCACGGAUUGGCAGAAGAUCGUGGCGACACCCGAUCUGGACUUGCCAUUCCCGCAUCUGCGCCGGGAGUUCUACAACCGGUCAUGCGCCGCUUUGAGCCUCGCACUCGGUGAUCGCGAGCAGUACAACACCUUCGCCGAAAUCAGCAACAAGGCGAGGGAGGUCAUCAAGACAAACAGGGCGGCUGCACACGAGAAGUCAACGUGGCAGCCAACCUAUGUGGAGAAGGUGAGAACUGGUCCGCGGCCGCAGCAUGUCGCUGCAGUCCAAACGGACAACAUUGUGGAAGACCCGGCAGCCACCCAAGCGUCACGUGAGGGAGAUCAGGUGGUUGCUGUCCAGCCGCGAAGCAACAACAAGUCCCGAGGAAACAGGAAGGCGAAAACCGCAUCGCCGGCCGGAAACGGACAGCCAGCACAAGACCUCCCAAUGUCCGGAUCAAGGCAAGGAGGAUGUUCAGCCUCGUAUCAACUCGGGAAACUGAGUUCCGCGGGAGUACCAACUCCGUUGAUGGACGCCGGAGUAGAGGUUGUCGAUCUUCAUGCCUACAUUGUGAAGAUCGACCGCGAGUUCAAGACACAACGCCGGAGUUUGGACGAGCAUGUGGAACACCUGCGCACCGUUUUGGAGCGGCUACGACAAGCCAAGUACAAAGCCAACCGCGACAAAUGCGAAUUCGUGCGGCAGGAGCUGGAGUACUUGGGACAUUAUGUGACGCCGCAAGGCAUCCGUCCGCUUGCGGACAAGAUUGAGGCCCUCUGCCUAUCUUCAGAUCACCCGCCGGCCAGCCACUAUCGCAUUGCCGACGGGUACUUGCUCCUCCACUCGAGAGGCAAGGACUUACUAUGUGUCCCACGAGACCGUCGUCUUCGGACUCGCCUUCUCGGCGAGUAUCAUGAUUCGCGACUCGCCGGCCAUUUCGGAGUCAACCCCACCAUUGCACGACUUCGACAACGAUUCGGAUGGCCCGAUCUCGUUACCGAUGUCACUCGAUAUUGCGACUCUUGCGAAGUUUGCCGACGAAGCAAGCCCCGCAAUCGCAACCCCUACAGCGAGUUGCGCCCGAUGCCUAUCCCACGGGAACCCGGCCUCUCCAUUUCCAUGGAUGUCACCGGACCAUUUCCCCGCAAUCGCCUCGGGCACGACGACAUCCUCACGGUCGUGGACCGUUUGAGUAAGUACGCGCGUUUUCUCCCUUGCAAGUACUACUCCACGGCUCCCAAGCUGGCACGCCUCUUGCACACCGGCUGGAUUUGCGGCCACGGUGUACCGGAAGACAUAGUCAGCGACCGCGACACUCGCUUCAUGUCGGCAUUUUGGACUGCUCUCAUGUGGGAGUUCGGCACGAAGAUGAAGCCAAGUUCGGCUCGGCAUCCACAGACGGACGGGCAAAUGGCACAUCAAACCGCUCAAAUGAUGCUUCGUACGCUCAUCCGCCCGGACCAGAACGAUUGGGUUGAUCGCCUCCCCGACAUCGAGUUCGCGUACAACACUUCGGUGCACCCGGCGAUCGGCGUGACUCCAUUCGAGUUGCACCACGGUGGACGGAAAGGCCGUAUCUUCGCCGACCUUCUCCCUCCACGACCAGCCGACAUCGACGUUGCUUGCUUUCCCGCUUCCGUCCGGAAGUACAGGGAAUUGCUGGCUCAAGCCCGCGCGAAUAUGCAAAAGGCUCAAGUCCGCAUGCAGCAUCAAGCCAACAAGCGUCGCGUGCCAUGUCCCAUCCGCACUGGUGAUCUGGUUUGGGUCUCCGCGGAAGAGUUUGCACUGGAACAGGAUGUUUCACGCAAACUGCUUCCCAAGUGGUUUGGACCAUGGCCCGUAACAUCAGCCGCGGGCGAUGAGCCCGAUGGCCCUUCAUUUGUGAUCAACAUCCCCUAGCAUCUGAUGGUCCAUCCAGUCUUUCACGCCUCGAAGCUGGCAACAUAU